GGGAGAUGGCGGCGGCGGCGGCGGCGCCGUGCGCCUCGCGGAGGUCGUUCAGGGACUCGCUCAAGGUGCCCGAGGCCGACAUCCAGCACGCCAACGCCCUGGCGUCGGACUUUUCCCCGGACUACGACGGGGCGGCGUGCCUGCAGAUGCGGAUGCCCUACAGCCCCGCCGCGCGCAGCUUCCUCUCCCCCCCGCAGCGGGCCGACUGCAGCCUCGCCGGCGCGCCGCGCCCGGCCUCCUCAGGAUCCCCAUCUAGUAGGAGUACAAGGUUUAUGUGGACGGCACCACAACCAUGAAAGGAAAGCAGACCAAGGAAUUCUUCUACGCUGUGAUGUUUCCCUCCCUUGUGCAAAUGGAACAUGGGGUCAGCGACAUCGACGACCCGAUGCGGAGGGCGGUGUGCCCGGAGAGGUACUGGAGGAGAGACGGCGAGGGGGAGGGUAGUAAGAGGCUGGUCUCCGAGACCGACGCCGAGAUAGAAGAGGAGGGUGGGAUCUGCGUGGAGUUAAACAGCAGGGCUGUGCUGCCCGACUGCAUCCACGACAUGUGCAUCGACUGCUACCGUCAAUGGCUUUCAGCAUGCUAUAUUCCAAGUCGGUGGAGGCAUGCAUCAUCUGAUCGAGUACGAAGACAAGCUAUUAUUACCAGUAAUUCUGAGUCAUCUGUGAUACAGCCAAGACCGACGUUGGUGUUGUUGCUGCUGUUGUUGUUCAGACAUGGUCGCGCGUUAAUGAAUAUUUACGUGCCAAAAUUACUUCAAUUUGGUAUACUCCUAUAUAAGAAGAAGGUCGAGGGU